AUGGGCAAUUCUCUAGAAGAACGUCUACAGGAGCAUUCUAAUGCCUUUGAUGGAUUAUUAUCUCUCAUUCCAGCCAAAUAUUACUACGAUGAAGAAACGUCUAACCAAUGGCAGCAGAAGCGGAAAUCGAAGGAGGAACGUCAAGAAAAUAAGAGACAGAAGUUAAAUCCAGAGAAUAACAAAAACGUCACUGCUAAGGACGUAUUAACAGAGGCCGAAAAAACUGCCAAACCUGUUGUUUUACCCGGCGAAAAAUUCAAAAAGCAUCAAGAGAUGAUGAAACGGCAAAAAGAAGUACAUGAAGCUGACAGUGGCGAUGAUGUAGUAGCGCCCGGUAGUGAAGAGCUAGAAAAUAGUAGUGACGAAGAGGAAAAUGCUGAUAAGGGAGACGGUGAUGAAGCUAUCAUUCAAGAUUCUGUAACAAUUGUCUUUGAUGAUAAUGGAGAAGAAUCUGUGAAUGGAGAGUUCAAAAAGGCACAAAUCCAAGAAAAACAGAAGAAGCAAAAGGGAAAACCCGAGCUAAGUCAAGAAGAAAGAGAAGCGAGAGAGAGGAAACAUAAGGAACUAAAGGCUAAACUUCAGGCAAAAAUUCAAAGCAUGAGAGAAAAGAGAAAAGCGCCUGGUACUAAAGUUGCAGGUGCUGCCACCUCAAGACAGCAGAUUUUGGAAGAGAGACGCAGAAAGGCAGAGUUGAAGAAAGAUUUGAAAAAGAAGGGAAUUGAGGAAGAUGAUGAUGAAAGCAGUAGUGAUGAUGAUGAUGAAGAGGAGGAGGAAAGCGAUGCUAACCAGGAAAAACCGGGAUCAAAUGUUAUGUUUGGAAAUAUUGAAUUUAUGGACGGUGAAAGAGUGUCGAGUGAUUUGACCUCUACAAGAAAAAUUGGUAAAAAGAAAGGGCCAGCUAAUAAGGAUAUUAAAGGGCAUCUGAAGAUUCUUGAAAGAGAAAAGGAAAAGGUCAAAGAUAUGGAUGCAGAUGCCAGAAAGAAAUUGGAAGAUAAGCAAAAGUGGCAAAAGGCUCUAGCAAGUGUGCAGGGUGUUAAAGUUAAAGAUGAUGAGAGACUAUUGAAGAAAGCAUUGAAGAGAAAAGAAGCCGUCAAGAGAAAGAGUGAACGUGAAUGGAAAGAUCGUAUACAAAUUGUUGCAGAUGAAAAGAAAAUGAAAGCUGACAGAAGAGAAGAAAACUUGCGUAUUAGAAAGGAGAACAGGGGCAAAGAUCGUAAGCAUCAAGUCAAGCAAUUACCUAGUUAUAAACGUAACCGUGGAUCCAAAAAGCUUGCUGGCAGCGGUGCUAAACGUGCUGGAUUUGAGGGAGGUAUCCGUAGUAAGGGCAAAGGAAGUACAGGCGGUAAAAGUCCGGGUAAAGGCAGAGGUGGCAAAAAAUAG